CGUGUCACUUCCGGACUCAGAUUGCAGAGCGCAGUGUGAACGGAGAGACGGAAGAUGUCUUAGCCCACGCGCAGCUCCAACAGUUAAAAGUCGGCUCUCGUGACUCUCCGUAGACAUUGGCAGGAGUGGUGUGGACCUGUGACCAUUUUCCUCCUGAAAAGUACAAACACAGAGAAGCACACAGGAAAGCAGACGAAAGAUUAAAAUAAAGAAGAGGGUGAGGAGAGAAUUUGUUGGAGUAACUGUAGCUGCAGGAAUCAAAUCUCUGAACCACUGAGGAAAAGACAGAAAUAAGUGGAGAGGGAGUGUUUUUUCUUCGUGCAUUUUGGAGCCAGCUGCUUCACAGCUUCAUCAAAAUGAAGCUGAAGGAGGACUUGAACCCCAUGUUACUGCUUCUCUUCCACCUCAUGGUCUGGAUCUACACCUUUAUCACCUUCUUGCCGUCUUACCUCCUCAGCUGGGUCUCUAGAUCUGAUGGGAUCUUUUACGGUACUGAGGAGGAGCGAGCCAAGAGAGCAAAGGCCCGUUCAGUGCUGGGUCGCCCAGAGGGACCCUACCGAGCGGUGAGCGCCAUCAAGAGGCUUGCGACAAUGCUCCAACCAGGAGUGGACACGUUGGAUAAGAUGUUUGAAUAUGCAGCCAUGAAGUUCCCCCAUAGAGACUGUCUCGGUACGAGGGAGGUCAUCAGUGAAGAGGAUGAACGACAGAGCAAUGGGAAAGUGUUUAAGAAGGUGGUUCUUGGAGAUUACCGCUGGCUCUCCUAUGAGGAGACCUACACAGCAGCUUCCCAGCUGGGUAGUGGCUUGGCCUCACUGGGCCAGAGACCAAAAACCAACAUUGCUAUCUUCUGUGAGACACGAGCUGAGUGGUUAAUCGCGGCCCAUGCCUGCUUCAUGUACAACUUCCCAUUGGUCACCCUCUACUCCACACUAGGCGGUCCAGCCAUUGCUCAUGGGCUAAAUGAAACCCAGGUCACCCACAUCAUCACCAGCAGAGAGCUCUUGGAAACCAGACUAAAGGCUAUCCUAAUUGAAGUUCCAAGGCUGCAGUAUAUCAUUGUGGUGGACAACACACCCACCUCAUGGCCUGGCUAUCCACGUGGCAUCAGUGUUCACAACAUGGCUGCUGUUCAGAAGCUGGGAAUCAGGCCAGAAAAUGCAGCACGUGAGCGUAAACAGCCCCUGCCUUCAGACAUUGCUGUCAUCAUGUACACCAGUGGAUCCACCGGUGUCCCGAAAGGCGUCAUGAUCUCCCAUAGCAACAUUCUUGCUGGAAUCACAGGAAUGGCUGAGCGGAUACCCAACCUUUGUGAGGAGGACAUCUACAUCGCCUACCUGCCGCUGGCCCAUGUUCUGGAGCUAAGUGCAGAGCUUGUGUGUAUUUCUCAUGGCUGUAGUAUCGGAUAUUCGUCUCCUCAGACCCUUGCUGACCAGUCAACCAAGAUCAAGAGGGGAAGUAAAGGAGACACCAGUGUCUUGCAGCCCACUCUGAUGGCAGCUGUACCGGAGAUCAUGGAUCGUAUCUAUAAGAAUGUGAUGACCAAAGUUGAGGAGAUGAACUCUGUCCAGCGAACACUCUUUAUUUUGGCAUACAACUACAAACUGGAGCAGCUUGCCAAAGGAUACAGUACCCCUCUAUGUGACAGGUUUGUGUUCAGGAAGGUGAGGUCCCUCCUUGGUGGUCAGACACGAGUCUUGUUAUCGGGUGGAGCACCGCUCUCUGCAGCCACACAGCGCUUCAUGAAUGUGUGUUUCUGCUGCCCAGUGGGUCAGGGAUAUGGCCUGACAGAGACCUGUGGAGCUGGAACCAUCAGCGAACUGUGGGAUUACAGCACUGGGAGAGUGGGAGGACCACUGGUUUGCUGUGAGAUCAAGCUCAAAGACUGGAUGGAGGGUGGUUACCGCAGUAUAGAUAGGCCCCACCCUCGAGGAGAAAUUCUCAUUGGUGGACCCAACGUAACCAUGGGAUAUUAUAAAAACGACCCCAAAAAGCAAGAGGACUUUUUCGUAGAUGAAAACAACCAGCGGUGGUUCUGCACAGGUGACAUUGGAGAGUUCCAUGAAGACGGGUGCCUGAAGAUCAUUGAUCGUAAGAAAGACUUGGUGAAGCUGCAGGCGGGAGAGUACGUGUCUCUGGGAAAGGUGGAGGCUGUACUGAAGAACUGCUCACUCAUUGACAACAUCUGUGUCUAUGCUAACAGCGAUGAGAUAUAUGUGAUUGGCUUUGUGGUGCCCAAUCAGAAGCAUUUACUGGCUCUGGCUGAACGGUAUGGGGUCCGAGGUUCAUGGGAGGAGCUAUGCAACAGCAAGACUAUGGAGGAGCUGGUCCUUAAGAUGCUCACUGAGGCUGCUCUAGCAGCACAACUAGAGCGCUUUGAGAUCCCUCGUAAGAUCCGCCUAAGUCCGGAGCCGUGGACUCCGGAGACAGGAUUAGUGACUGACGCGUUCAAGCUCAAACGCAAGGAACUGAAAACACAUUACCAGGAUGACAUUGAGAGGAUGUAUGGUGGAAAAUAACAAGGACCAACACUGCAGCAUUGUUUAUUCUCUAAGUACAGACCAACCUUUGACUCAUUGUACCUCCUUAUUCCUCCUCCUACAUCUUCAGCCCCAACACUCAACACUCCACAGAAUUCAAAGACAGAAGGAGCAGUAGAAUCUGUUUACUAUGCACAUAUUAACCAGCCCCUUUUACUUGAAUCUGUACAGUAGAUCGAUCUUGCACAACUUUUAACAGAGCCAGGAAAAGUGCUUAAAACAUGGCGUGUGAACUAAAACACUGCUGCCUUUUCCCUCAUUUUUCCGUCCUGGUGUGUGAUGUUUUUGUGGGGUUCAUUAUUGUUUCAGAUGUGAGUUAUGAAACAGGCUGUGUGUUAUAGAUGAUGUGGUCUGUUGAACUCUGAAUGCCACAGCAGAAGUUCAGGCCAGUUGCACAGGUUUGUUGCCUGUUUGCUUUAUAAUCACCCAUUACACAUUCUAGAUCAGGUAUGUUAUAGGAACAGUUUGAUUUUAUAGUAUUAAUAUUUUAAAAACCAUCUCCCAAUCUUGACUGCCCUUUUAAUUUUUUUCUUCUCAUUUCUGUUCUACUUUUCUGCCUUUUCUGCAGGUCAGGAGAUGGCUAGCUCUGGCUCUUUUUUAUCUCCUCACAUGUUUUCAGUUCUGUAAAUGGUUUAUUUUACUUCCCACCCACCGUCAACAGUUUGACGCGCACACCCAUGGGGCGUCUCUCACAUCAGCACAUUUUGAUAAUAAAAGCACAAAGUUAUUUGAGGGCAAAUGUGAACAGGUGUUUAAAACUGCUGAAGUCAUGAUUGAUAAAAGAUAUUAUACAACAGUGAAGCUGUUAUUCUUUAUUUUUAAUGAACUGACCAAAAUUGCACAUACAUAACAAUUUUCCUACAACAAUGGAGUGUACUUUUAUAUGUGCUAUACAGAUCACGGUGCACAAGAAUGCACAUUUACUUGAUUGUGUUACAAAUGAAAUUACUGUGUAAUUACUGUCACAUUUGAUAAAUCAUAGUGCAAUAUGAAAAUAUAUCAUUUUUGUCCAAAUAAGACUUUUGAUUACAGAUAGCAGUUUCAAAAUUAACAUAUUUCCAAGUGCUACAUCUUUAUGUGGUGAGCAUUUAUUCUGCUGGAUGCUUGACCAGCUUAAAGCCGUGUUGCAUAUUUCUUUGUGAUCCACAAAACUGUGAUUAAGUAUGCUAUUUUUCAUGUCCCUACACAGCACAAACUCCAUCUCAUCAUCCCUCAUAAUGACACCUGAAGCCUUUGUGAUUCUGUUUCACCGCUGUUUGAGUUUAUUUGGAUUUGUCUCCCUGAGCACACACAGCAGCAGAGAAAUCUAAUGUAUAGUCUUUAUUUAAGCUCUCUGUCUGUUUGGAGAGCCUGCCUUGUAACAUAAGUGCAUCCUAUUUAUUUGUAACUUGCCUUUGGAAAAGUACUCAAAUUAAGUAAAUAAAAAUUGUGUUUGGUCUA